GCGAGAUUGAGCCUUUGCUCUUCCCCGGCUCCGACUCCAAAGAGAUCAAGACACCCACCCCUGCAGAGGUGGAUGCUGUCCAACAGGGCCUUCUGGGAGGAUCGGACUUGCCUAUGUACAGCAGCUGCCAAGAGAUUCAGCAGCUAGUCGAGAAGAACCGGGUAGUGGUCAUUGAUGCAGCGACCGGAUCUGGGAAAUCCACUUUGGUGCCUCUGUGCCUGGUCCAGCAGUGUCAUAGCAGGAACUUGGGCUGCCGCAUCGUCGUCACCCAGCCGCGAAAGAUCGCGGCGAAGGGGCUGGCAUGGCGAGUUUCACAGCUGGCGGGGACGAACAUCGGAGAUCUGGUUGGGUACCGGGUUGGUGGUGACAAGGUGGACCGGGGGGCUCGAGUUGUGUACGUCACAGUAGGCCACCUGUUAGAGGCAGUCGUGCACAAUCCAAAGUAUUUGGAGACCUUCACACACAUCGUUCUGGACGAGGUCCACGAAAGAUUCGUGGAAGCCGAUUUCCUGAUGGCAUUCUUGCGCAUGGCCUUGUCGCGGCCAGAAACCCAAACGCAACGCCUUGUCAUCAUGUCUGCGAAAUUCCAGAAGAACAAGCUCGCUAGCUUCUUCAAGCCGGCACGUUUGCCAAGCCCAGAACGAGCGGAGUCGGCUGGCAUUCUCCUUGCGGGUGGCAGUCCUUUCAGCGUGCAGAACUUUGUUUUGGACGAUGUCUACCGCAACUAUAGUGGUGUGGCCCGCGGCUGCAAGGAACCGGAUUUCGGCCACUUGAUGCCUUCCAAAAAGAAGGACAUGAAAGAGAGGCAGUGGUCGGACAGACUCACGCAGACAUGCCGAAAUCUCACCAAGCUGGCUGCUCGCCUGGUGUGCUACCUUUAUAGGGAGCAUUGUGAGCAUGCCAUGCAGCGCACCGACCAAGAAGCCCAGGGGCAGUUUGCGAACAGCUGUGUAGUCUUGGCCUUCCUACCAGGUCUAGAUCAGAUGCAUCAGCUCGCCGACAAUCUUAUGGUGGCAUAUUCUGAGUUGAAGGAUUUCUUAGGUUUACCUGAGACGCCUCCCAACAUCAUCCUGAUGCACUCGGCCCUUGAUGAGCGGCGGUAUAGAGAAGCAUUAGAGAAUCCAAAGGAGAACGAGUGGAAGGUGGUCGUGGCCACAAACAUUGCAGAGUCCUCCCUGACAGUUCCAGGAGUGAAGACAGUCAUUGACUUUGCAAUGCACCGCCAGAAUGUGUAUGACGAUCAGGCCAAGAUGUCGUUAUUGAUGACGACCUGGUGUUCCCAGGCAUCAUUGGUCCAACGGCGAGGGCGCACUGGGCGAACGAACCCGGGUAAGUACUUCUGCUUCGUUUCGCAGGAGCUCUACAAGGAGCUGCAGGACUUCGACGAGAGUGGUGUUCAAAGGUCCUCGCUCACAAAAGUAGCUUUGCAGGCCGCGCAUCUUGCCGACCAGCUCUCCAAUCAGACUGUCCGAGCAGGUUUGCCUGUUCGCAAGAAGGGCGUGCAGCCUCAGCAAGGGGGAAGGCAAGACCUGGUUGCGUAUUUCGAUGGAGGGAGGGGUCAGUGGAAGAUCUCGGGCGAAGCUGCCGAGUAUUUUGCCAGUGACGACGAACUGGACCUGCUACAUCUGAAAGUUUCAAACGUUCUGAAUCUCUUGCCUGACCCACCGCCGGACACUCGUAUUGAAUAUGCGACCCAAGAGCUUCAGGAUUUGGGGCUUCUCACUUUGGCCGGCCAGCGUCCCACAAUCUUGGGUGUUGCCUGCUUGAAACUCCCCCUGGAUGUCCCAUUGGCGAGAUUGGCUGUCCUGGGCUGGGCUUGUGAUCUGGGCCUGCAUGGUGCCAUCCUUGCCUCUGCGCUGUCUCUGUCACAGUGUGACGUGCUGAACAGCCCCUACAACAACCUCACAGAGCUAUCAGACUGGGACCUGCAGGCCUUGCGGGCAAACCUGGAGGAACGUCAAAGACUGGACGAAAACCGAAUGUCCGAGCCCUUGAUGUUGCAUAGCCUUUGCUGCCAGUGGUUGCUGGGCCCGGAGUGCCACGUUGGGAAGGUGCCCGAAGACUGGGCGAAACGCAAUAUAAACCCGAGAAUUUGGUCUCAGUUUACAACGAAGCUAGUAGACGUACUCCAGUCCCUGCAGAGAUUCCUUCCAAGAUUUGAUCCUCUAAGAGAGCCGGUGUACAACAUCCUGGACCUGGUUUAUGGGACCGCUGCUUACUGCAGACUCUCUGAAGCGCAAGCCGCUAUACAGCCGGCUUUGGAGCAUGGAGUGGCGGCACUACCUGCUCUGCUGACAUGGGGCUUGGCUCCAACUGGAUUUGUGGCAGUCGGACAAAGUCCUGGCAUCUAUGACUUGGGAGAGAGUUACAAGCGGUUCAAGAAAGUGGUCAGGGACAGGAAUGCCAAAGAGGACGAAGCGUUGUGGUGGCCAGCUGCGCCAGAUGCGUCUAUGACUAGAGGGAUGGCUGCAGCCAAUGUCCAGGCAGUCAUCGACGCUGCGAGGUGUAUGCCACCGCUGUGGACGGAGGAGCAUGCGGAGGGCAGCAAAGUCGAAGCGACAACGGUCUGCUUCAGGUGCGAUGGGAAACAACAAGACCAGAUGCCACUUACUGGCCAGCUGUUGUAUCGAAUUUGUGGGCCGUACAAUGGGAAACAAACAAAAAUCAAGACCAAGAGCGCUGAGUACUAUGUUGUGCCGCCGGAACACCCGGGAAGCUACAACUGGUACAUGCCGAAACGAGAUGGUGACGGCUUGAGAGAAGUUCGAGUGAAUUGGAAGGCACCGGCCUAUUCGCUGAUUCAUACAAGUCAGCCUGGCGAGAAACAGACACGAAUCGGAAAGUGCCGACCGAAGCGAUUCCUGGUGGCCAGCGGUGCCGAAUACCACAGCCAGCACGGCAAGAGGGAAUUUAUGAUGCGUGGGACCACUGUGCUGCCUGAUUCUCGAGGUGGACGGAUGGCCUUUAUGUGGCUUCUGGCCGCUGGCAUGCCACUCGAAGCUGAAAUGGUGGCUUUGGCAGCUCCGACUCUUCAGAAGGAUGAGUUUGAGGUCCGUGGCCUGUGGAUGUGGAAAAGGACAUUUCGAUUUCCUGACCACGCACUUAUGUCCGAAAGUGAUUUGCGCGCAGUGAACGAGUUUCGCAAGGCCCUUUUCGAACUGCAGCGGUGCAAGCCUCAUCGUUUGGCUGGGUCCUGGCUUGAGCGACCACAGCAGGCAGAUGGCGUGUUGCGCCAGUAUUUCAUCGAGUGCUUGGACCCGAACUCCGAGCCAAGCGAGCUGGAGUUAGCCACAGAGCUUUCCGACCACGCGGAAGUUUUGUCCAUCUGCAGCGACAAGGGCAAAGGUGUCACACUUCAUGGCCCGGCAGGCGGUUCUCGCUGGAUGGCUUCGCAAAGGGUGUACAUGGAAGAGCAAGUGGACGGACGUUUGAAGUGGUCGAGCGGCGCCAUAUGGGAACGCUGCAAUGAUGACGUUGAACGACUCCUGCUCGAGGACGUGUCUCUGCUCCGCGUGAAGGCGGUAUCCAUGGCGGCGGAAAAGCUGGUGAAGGCCUCAACCGCUGCAGGGCGUCCACGGUCUCCUUUUCCAUCGCGUUUGGUGCCAUUGCUGUCGAGAUGCGCUGGUGGGCAGCGUCACCCUUUGAUGCCCUUGGACUUGGACCUGGCUGAUUCCCUUAUGGCGCAGUUCAAGCAGAUCGCUGAUCAGGAUCGAGGCCACGACUUUUGGUCGGAGGAAGAGGACGAUGGCGUCACAGAUGGGGACGAUGAUGAGCCUUAUGUGGACAGGUCCCUGGAGCGGGUCGAUGAGAAAUUCAUGUGGGCUUUGGCACAUCGCGAUGACUACAAGCCAGAUGCAGAUCUACGGCUAGUCGAGAACGCACUUGCUUUCCCCACAGCCACUGUGUGUUGCAUUUGCGACGGGGAAGGGAAAGAGUUCUCGAAGCAGCAGCUACGCAAUCCACCUGGCAAGCGGAUGUGCAAGGAGUGUGUCGGCAACAAACAACAGAAGUCGUAUUUACCCGCGCAGAAAGAGAUCAAAAAGAACACAGGUCCACUGAAUCAGCCUCCGGCACUGGCAGCAGCCAACGCAACCGCAACCAAGAAGUGUUCUACCUGUGGACUUGCAGUGACUUCAAGCAAUUGCAGCAGUGCUCAGCUUCAGAAGCCAGCAAGCAAGCGGAAAUGCAACAACUGUAUAGCAAGCGGCAGGUGA